AUGUCUCCGCCUGUUAAGGUCCUCGGCCAUUUCGCCAGCCCAUUCGCGCACCGUGUCGAGGUCGCUCUUCAGCUCAAGGGCGUGCCAUACGAGCUGAUCCAGGAGGACCUAAGCAACAAGAGUGAGCUGCUGCUCGCCAACAACCCUGUCCACAAGAAGGUGCCCGUUCUCUUCCAUGGCGACCGGGCCAUCUGUGAGUCUCUCGUCAUCGUCGAGUACAUCGACGAGGUCUUCGACGGGCCGUCUCUCCUCCCGUCCGACCCCUACGACCGUGCUAUAGCCCGUUUCUGGUCAGACUUCGUGGACAAGGUAUUCUCAUUUCAAAAAUUAGAAGGCCCCGCUCACCGUGCCGUUCUGGAUGGCACACUGGGCAGAGGGCGAGGCGCAGAAGACUCUAGUGGAGGAGGUCAAGCAGAAGCUAGCGCUUCUGGAGGUGCAGCUCAAGGGGAAGAGGUGGUUUGGGGCGACACCAUCGGCUACGUCGACGUAGCCGCCUCUGUGUUGGGUCCAUGGCUCAGCAUGGUAGAGGAGGUGACCGGAGUGGUUGUGCUUGACGAAGAGGAGUACCCUGCUUUACGCCGUUGGUCUAAGGAGUACAAUUCCUACGAAGCUCUGAAGCAGUGCGUCCCGGACAGAGGCCAGCUCGCCGCCUUCUAUACCGAACGGAAGGAGAAGUACAAAAUGAUUGCUAAAGCAUGGUUGAAGCAGUAA